AUGGAAUGUGGUUUCUUUUGGUCAACACUAUUUCAUGAUGCUAAGGAGUUUGUCAAGCAUUAUGAUAGAUGUCAAAGAGUGGAUUUCAUGGGUCCUUUUCCCACUUCCUAUGGUCAUAAGUACAUCUUGGUAGCGGUUGAUUAUGUGUCAAAAUGGGUAGAAGCUUUGGCUACACCUACAAAUGAUGCUAAAGUGUAUGGAGUUCGCCACAAGAUUGCUACACCCUAUCACCCACAAACUAGCGGACAAGUGGAGUUGUCCAAUAGGGAAAUCAAGAGAAUCUUAGAGAAAACGGUGCAAAUCUCAAGAAAAGAUUGGGCUAUGAAGUUAGACGAUGCACUGUGGGCAUAUCGGACCGCGUUCAAAACUCCAAUUGGCAUGUCCCCGUACAAGUUAGUCUAUGGCAAAGCGUGUCAUCUUCCAGUGGAAUUAGAACAUCGAGCUUAUUGGGCAAUGAAAUUUCUAAAUUUUGAUAGCAAAGAGUCUGGUGCUAAACGCCUUCUACAACUCAAUCAAUUGGACGAAUUUCGACAUUCGGCCUACGAGAGCGCACGACUCUAUAAGGAACGAACGAAGAAGAUACACGAUGCGAACAUUUCGAAGAAAGAAUUCCAUGAGGGAUAUGAUGUUUUGUUAUUUAAUUCCCGACUUAGAUUGUUUCCUAGAAAAUUGAAGUCGCGAUGGAGCAGACCGUUCAAGGUGAUAAAAGUUUUUUUUCAUGGAGCGCUGGAAUUGGAAAGCUCAACCGGAGUUGCAUUCAAAGUAAAUGGGCAAAGAUGCAAACAAUACCUCGGUGGAUUGAUCGAGCGACAAAGGGAAGUUUUCUCCCUCACUUAA